AUGUUUAACGAUGAUGAUGACUUUCCAAUGGGAGCUAUGCAUAGUUUUGGCCAGAUGCAUCAUCAAAUGAUGAAUGAUAUGAACAUGAUGACGGGUGGAAUGCUUCGAAAUAUGGGAAUGGGUGGGUUCCCGGGACCAUUCGGUCAUCCAUUCGGUGGACUCAUGGGCCACCCCUUCGGAGCCAUAACAGAUGGAAGUGGUCAACCGGCAACUCGAAGACGUCAAGAACUAGAAAUGAAUCCAUUUGCUCCAUUUGGAGGGCUUUUGGGUGGAAUGGGAGGCAUCAGAAUGCCACCACCAGGACAAGGUACCAAUAUGUUCAUGAGUUCAAGUGUGAUGACUAUUGGACCCGAUGGAAGACCACGUGUCGAACAGCAAACAGUCAGAAAGCAUGGAGAUGUCACCGAGACGAAGCGACGCGUUGACAAAAACGGCGAAUCAUCGAUGUCAAUUGGUCAUUCGAUUGGAGAUCGAUCACAUUUCAUUGACAAGAAACGGGAUCGUGAGGGAAAUGUUCGAAAACAACAGAGAUUUGUGAAUUUGGAUGAAGCCAAUGCCGAAGCAUUCGAUCGCGAAUUCUCAUCCAGAGUGCGACAAGGAGGAUACGGGGGAGCCUCUAGAAGCAGCAACUUGAGAGAAGUUGAAGAUUCUAGCAGACGGCCUUCAGGCUUCAGAAGAACUGAGGAUCGUACGUCGUCGAGUCGUGGAGCUCCAAUUGUGACGUUGCCAGAGGAGGAGGAGACAUCACAAUCUCGCUCAUCUCCAUCCCGCAGAAUUGGAGGACCAUUGAUUCGAGAGAUCAGUGAAGAAGAGGCCGAGCAAGCGACAUCUUCAAUUCCAAAAAGACGUCGUGGACAGAUCUAA